AUGCAGGACGCUGCACUAUCCGUACCGAGCCCGGUAGUCCAAGACGCCAUGUUCUUCACUCUGCUAAAUCGUGAUGUACGCAUGAGCAUCUACGACUUUCUAUACGGAUGGCUUUCCCCUCUACCGUAUAAGAAGCGCUGGCAGAAAGAGGAUGAUUGCCGUGGUAUGGUGCUGGCUUGCAAGCAGGCUAAUCUGGAACUUUCUGAAGCAGCAGCUCGUCACUUAAAAGUGUUCUUCGAUGAAUUCUCCGGCGACUUUGAGCAAGAGUGUAGGCAUCCCAUCAGCCUACACGGAAGCGUCCCUCUUCACCAGGGAUGGAAGGCGCUGCAUUCCGUCACGUUCACCCUGGACAUCAGCUUCUUCGAUGAGGCUCUCGCUGAGCUUGCGAUGAUUCCUGAGGCUGAAAAGGAUAACUGGCGUCAUGAGGAAGCAUCAGAAGAGCUCAAGCUGCACGCCGGUACAGGUUGGAGAGGCGAAAUCUCACAAUGGCGCGCACUGCUGCUUCAUCCGUUCGACAAGGUCACACUCUUAAUCACCAAUGCGUCCGACAACAGCAAAAAGGGCACAGACACUCAGAUCGAAAAGUAUCGCAGCGUCGUCGGCAUGCUGCGAGAUAGCCUGAACACCAUGGGCGAAAAUUGCGGGCACGACUGGCUCAUGUUCCAAAACUCGCUCGACUGGGACGCCAUCUGUGAAACAGAAUAUGGCGAUCCGCCCGCUCGCUUUUUCAACAAGUACGACGAGUUCGACGAUACGCCAAAGCGGAAGUGGUACAAGACCGCAGAGCUCUUCCGCUUUGCGCAAGUGCAGCACGAGCGACUAAGCAAUAGGGGCUCGAGGAAAUAUGUCGAGAAACAAGCUCUCCGCGACUAUAUUAGAACGGGCCAACGUAUUCAGACCAAACAAAUCAACUUCGCCUGGAACUUCCUGCCUAGUACUACGCCGGCUCCCGAGAAACUUGUUGGUAAGAUGCACACCUAUACCGCCCAACACGCGGGGCAAAUGCGUAGGAAAGAUCAGCUCCGCGAGCUCAAAUAUGAAAACAUGUGGCCGCAUAAGUACGAAGUAGCUGGUGCGGAUGGACUCAUCGGCGAGAUGGGCAUUCGGCAUCCCAAGCGCUGGGUUUUAGCGAGUGAAGAGUAUUGCGAGUACUAUGGUAUCAUGGGGCAGUUGAAAGAGGCGGAGGAUGUGGAGAGUAAGGGCAUUGGGAUGGCGCUGUGGAGGGCGAAGCCAAAAGCUGAGAAGGCAGAAGGGGAUGGAACGGCCGAGGAAGCUGCUGAGGUACAGGCUGAGGAGGAGAUUGACGAGGACGUUCAGGAGGAGGUUAAGGAAGACGUUGUAAUCGAGGUCGAGGAGGAGAUGGAGGAAGAGUCUGAGUCUGAGUCUGAGGAUGAGGAUGAGGAUGAGGAUGACGGUGACGAGAAUGACGAAGAUGAUGACGAAGAAGAUGGCGACGAGGACGAUGAAGUGGAUAAUGACGAAGAGGAAGAUCAAGCCGAGAUUGAAGACGAGGAUGGGCCUGGCUUCCAGGCUGCGAUUCGUGGUGGGAAACAAACCAAGAUACCCGAUUUCUGGAAAAAGGCGUAG